GGCACCCUAGCAGCUCGUAUCGUAGUUCCUCGCACUUCUCUUAUCAGCCGGCGUUUUUCCUCCAUUUAUCAACUGUUCCGUUCUGCGGUGGUUCAGUGCGCGAGUUCUAACCCCAGCGAGUGCAGUGAAACAGUGUUUCUGUAGGUAAUACAUUCUCGUCGAUACUUAAGCCAAUCGAUAUUGUAAAUAUCUGUGUGUAAACCUCAAAAACAUGAGACGGUCUUUGGGUGUCCCUAUUACCGUGUUUUAAUAGCUGACUGAACGGUUAUGCUAUACUGAUCUGCUGUUUACUCUGUGUUUCUUUACCGACUUCACCAUGGAUAUUUUACCCAGCGGGAAUAUCUUCCAGGAGCUGCAGGAUAUUCACGACAAGGGAUAUUUCUCCGCACAGCCGUCUUUGGAGGACCAUUGGCAACAGACGUGCUACGAGAUGGAACGUUACCUGAAGGACGAGCCGAAGCUGCAGUCGUACAAGAAGCUACCCACGGACCUCGACACGCCGUGGAACCUCUUCACCGCACCCGGACCACUCACCUCCUGGACCAAGGUGGAAGUGGUCAACCCGCUGACCCUGGACGAGUUGAACCUCAGCGAGCGUCACCUGGACUCACUGUCACUCAGCAGUGCCAGCUCAGCGUGUAGCGGGGUCAGUUGGGACAGCAGCGUCUCCUGCGCAGUUCUCGUCAAGAAGGAGCCUGUGGACGACGACGAUGACGACUACUACGACGAGACCUCCACCAACCAGAUGGAGCUGAGGUUCGUCGCGAGAGCGUCGUCCGCGGGGGAGUCGAUCCUCCCCAACCUCACCCCCCCUUCCUCCCCCGAGUCCGGUCAAGGUCACAGCAACAGUAGCAGUAGUUGUGGCGAGGUCGGAGGACUUUUGUCGGUUCCCAUAGUGAGGCUAACGGCGCGUAACUCGUCCGUAGCGAGGCUCAUCUCAGUGUCCGACUCCUCCUCAAGACUACACGCACGGCUGGAUCACUCGCCGGACUCUAGGAGGAAGAUCCACAAGUGUCAGUACCCCAACUGCAAAAAGGUCUACACGAAAAGUUCCCACCUCAAAGCCCACCAAAGGACGCAUACGGGUGAAAAGCCGUACAAGUGCCAGUGGGAAGGUUGUGGCUGGAGCUUCGCCCGCAGUGACGAGCUGACCCGCCACUAUAGGAAGCACACCGGCGCCAAACCCUUCAAAUGUCGCCAUUGUGACCGCUGCUUCUCCCGGAGUGACCACCUCGCGCUGCACAUGAAGAGGCACGUCUAACACCGAGCAGUCGUCUGCCACCCGCCCCCGAGCACUGCCAGGGCCUUCUUCUGUGAUCGACAUUCUCCACUGUAGUUGAUGUCAUUUUUAACAUCAAUUCUCGUUGCCAAAUUUACAUUUGUUAAUCCUAGUCUUUUCAUCGUCUCGUCGCGUUUCGUUCUCGAGGUCGUCCGAGCGGAGCUAGUGGAAUUCUUGUUGGAUAGGGGAUAGCGAAUUGUUGUAGGAUAAAUUGUUAAAUAUUUUAAAUAAAGGUAAACUACUUUUUGAUACUGAUGUAACGUGUGAUGACGAGCGCGAUGACGCGAUUGUCGGUUUAGUAUUAUUAUUGUUGAAUAAGUGUUCGUUCGGAAUACCUCUCCGACUGAGUAUAAUUUCUCGCUCGUACAACGAUACGGUUUUGGAUGUUAUAUUUUUAAAUUUUUAUUCGUAUGUGUAUCGUAAGAGGCCAAAGCGUUAUCGAUAGUUAUUUUCGUCUUUAUUCGAUCGUGUUUUCUCGUAUAUGCAUUCCUCUUCAUUGUGUUUUCGCAUUUCGAUUAAUUCCGGAUGUUUCGACGAUGUCUUAUAGUUCUUUAAAGCGUAUUAUUAUCUUUGUCGAUAUUUUAGUAUUCGUAAGUUUUUGUACAAACCUAUGAGACGCAUGUAAAAAUCAAACUGCCGCGAGUGGAGAACGAAUGUGCCGAGUGCGAGUUACGUUUGUACGGUAAAUAAUAUAGUUAUAAUAUAUAUGUGAUGCUUUGAAUGUUUUUGAGAAAUAAAUAAAUAGAAUGAAAGAUUUUAUAUUGAAAUAUAGAUUUAAUUAGAGAAAGGAACAGCCCUCGAAAUAUUUAAUUCAGGCGUGAAUGGUUAGAUCUUCCAACGAAUAUCGAUAAUAUGUAUGUUCGAUUGAGUUCAAGUCACGAGUCCCUGAUAGUGUUUACCUUUUCGAUUGCUAGAUAUAUUUUUGCAUUAUCGCUUUAAAAACCUUCGUUUUUAAUCUCGAUGUAAAUUUAAUUAUUUUGUCGAUCUUUAAAAGAUAUGUCUCCGUAAAUUGUGAAAAUCCGUAAUUUAAUUAUUCCAUCGGAUCGAUUGUUUUAUAUUCGGCACAGUAGACCUUGGAUAGCGCCCGUUGCCGUGACUGCGUCUCAAUCUCGUGCCAUUUAUGUAUGUAUUGCUUCUUCAUUCAGUAUUUAUAUUGCUUCUCAUGUUAGUUUCACGCACAAAACGCGCAAAAACAACAGAUUUAUUAACGGGCUCUACCUCUCAAAGACGGGGAGUCCGAUUUGAUCGCUGAAAAUCAAAAUUAAAGGAUACCGUCGAGACGCAGCGCGCAGACCUGUUACAAGGACGGGCGCUAUUCCUGUGUUAGCUUUCCUCUUUUAUGCUCAGUGCAAAUAAACGUACGUUCCUGUUA